AUGCCCAACUCACCAGUCACUCCAUCAGCACCGGCAGGUCCCACCCCUCCUGCCACGCCAACCUGGGCCCAAAUCGUCAAUCUUUUCACAUCCACUCCACGAUGGGUCAACCCAGCCAACGGCGUACGCAGCCAAGAAGCCCAAGCCAAGAUCGACCAUAACGACCAAGCAAACCAGCAAGCCAACAAGCAGACUGCAUGGGCUUUGGUCUUUCUCAUCGUCAAGGGCACAUUCCUCCUCCUCAUGAUCUGGCACGCAGCCCCCCUCGCUAAGACUGUUAUCGACACUCUAUCGGCUUAG